GCGUAGUGCCAACAGCAUAUACACAAGUGCCACAUUGUCCUGCGUUGGCCAGUCGGCUCCAUAUGCUGUUUACUCCGUACGUGCUGAUUUGUUGGUGUGUAAGUGAGAACUGACAUCGUCGACGACGUUCGAUGGUAGAGUUGUUCGCAUCGUUAAGUUGAAACGCUUUUCCGGUGAUAGAUAAACGAUUUCGUGAGUGGGAAUCGGUGAUCUUGUUGCAAACAUGGUUGUAAUGAAAGGUCGCAAAACCUCGAAUAAAAAUCCUCCUAUAUUCAGUCAUGAGUUUGUCAUUCAAAAUCAUGGAGAUAUUGUUUCUUGUGUAGCUUUAAUCUUUGUGACUGGUUUAAUGGUGCAGGCAACAUCACCAUGGGCAUAUACGUUUAUUGCUCUUCACCAUAAUGUGACUUCUGACAUAGAAGAGCCAACUGUAUCGGUUAAAUAUACAACAGGUUGGAAAGACGCGUGUGCAGUAUUUUUCUAUUUCUUAAUUACAAUUGUAAUACAUGCUGUGUUUCAAGAAUAUGUAUUCGAUAAAAUUUCUAAACGUCUGCAUCUUAGUAAGGUGAAGCUUGCUAAAUUUAACGAAUCUAGUCAACUGGUCCUGUUUUAUGUUUUGUCUAUUAUAUGGGGCAUAGACAUAAUUGUUAGAGAAGAUUUGCUGUUAAAUGUAACAUUGUUGUGGAAGGCGUAUCCAAUGUUGUUAACUUUUUCAUCUAAACUGUUCUUUAUUGGUCAGCUUUCUUACUGGUUGCAUUGUUACCCUGAGUUGUAUUUCCAAAGAGUCAAGAGAGAAGAUAUUCCUUCUCGUGCUGCACAGGCAACCAUUGGAUUAUUGUUCAUCCUUGCUGCUUAUAUUUUCAACUUUCAACAAGUAGGAAUCUUAUUACUAGUUUUGCAUUACAUGGGAGAUGCUAUGCUUCAUGGAGCUAGAAUUUUUUAUUUCAUCAGUAAAAGAGACAAGAUAACAAAAUUGACAUUCCUUGUUGCAAAUUCGAUAUACGUUUUCGUACGCGUUGCAACGCUUACUCUUGCAACUUUAGUAUUCCUAUAUGGUUUAAGUCAAACGGAAAGUGUAUUCGAUUAUGACACUGGAAACUUCAACAUCCCGCUUGUACGAUUCUCGGCUUUAGGUCUCAUUGCUAUUUUCGAGGGCUAUCUAUCUUACAUGUACGUUACCAAACAAAUUAAACGCACUCGAGAAAAUACAACAUCUGUACAAGUGGUUACUAAGUCUAAACAAAAGUCGAAGAAAAAGGAGGGAAAGAAACCUGCAGCGUCGGAAGAUGACGACUUACCAGAAGUUGAUCAAGCAACUAAAAAGAAUCUAAGGUCUCGUUCCUCGGCGAAAGCAAAAUAAAACUUACUCCACUAACAAUAAGUAAAGAAACAUUGAGAUAUUGUAUAUAAUGUAUUAUAUAUUAUAUACGUUGCAUACAGAAACAUAAUUGUAACUAUAACUUUCUAUGCAGAAAACAUGAAAGCACGAUAGGUGAGGGAAUAGUUUACCUUAAAACAGUAUAUAAAACUAAGAUAAAACACAUGAAAUGAACUUCAUUCAUUUAUCGCGUAUAGCACUUAGUUAAGUACUACUUAAAACGGUAAAAUCGUCAUUAUUUAAAACUUAAACUGUAUUUUUGUAAAAG